AUGGCUGCAAUCGAGAGCUUCGACAGCAUCUUCCUGGAUCUGUCCAAGUCAAGCGGCAAGUGCAGAUUCGCCGAGACGGGCCUGGGAUGGAAGCCCGCCGGCGGAGGUGACACCUUCACCCUCGACGCCAGCGCCAUCGCAUCCGCCCAGUGGAGUCGCGCCGCCAAGGGCUACGAGAUCAAGAUCCUCAGCCGCGACACCCGCAUCAUCCAGCUCGACGGCUUCCCGCAGGACGAGUUCGAGCGCCUGUCGAAGCUCUUCAAAAACUGGUACAGCACGACCCUCGAGAACAAGGAGCACGCCCUGCGCGGCUGGAACUGGGGCAAGGCGGAGUUCGGCAAGGCUGAGCUGUCCUUCAACGUGCAGAAUCGUCCGGCCUUUGAGGUGCCCUACUCGGAAAUCUCCAACACCAACCUCGCUGGCCGCAACGAGGUCGCCGUCGAGUUUGCCGCCCCCACCGACGAGAACGACACAGGCACCAACGGGACUCUCGACGGUGCGCGUGGCAAGGGCAAGAAGGCGGGUGCUGGCAAGGACCAGCUCGUCGAGAUGCGCUUCUACAUUCCCGGCGUCGCCAAGAAGGAGACGGACGACGACGAUGCGGGAAGUGAUGCCGGCGGAGGCCAAGAGGAGAAGAACGCCGUGACGCUCUUCUACGAUACCCUGAUGGAGAAGGCCGAGAUUGGAGAGACGGCCGGCGACGCCAUUGCGCAGUUCCUCGACAUUCUGCACCUGACGCCGAGAGGACGGUUCGACAUCGACAUGUAUGACACGUCGUUUCGACUCCGCGGAAAAACCUACGACUACAAAAUCCAGUACGAGGCCAUCAAGAAGUUCAUGGUGCUCCCCAAGCCAGAUGACGCGCACGUCAUGCUCUGCGUGGGCCUAGAUCCUCCCCUGAGGCAGGGCCAGACGAGAUACCCCUUUGUCGUCAUGCAGUUUAAGAAGGACGAGGAGGUCACGCUCGACGUCAACCUCACCGAGGAGCAGAUCAAGGAGAAGUACGGCGACAAGCUGCAGUCUCACUACGAGCAGCCUCUCCACCAGGUCAUCACCUAUAUCUUCCGCGGCCUGGCCAAUAAGAAGGUGACCACGCCUGCGAAAGAUUUCCAAACGCACCGCAACCAGCUGGGCAUCAAGUGUUCGAUCAAGGCGAGCGAGGGCUUCCUCUACUGUCUCGAGAAGGCCUUCAUGUUCAUCCCCAAGCCAGCGACGUACAUUGCCUACGAGCAGACGGCGUCCAUCACCUUCUCGCGUGUGGGCGGCGCCGUUUCCGCCCUGUCCACGUUUGACAUAACCGUUCUCAUGAAGAACGGCGCCGGCUCGACGCAGUUCAGCAACAUUAGCCGCGAGGACCUCAAGGGGCUGGAGACGUUCUUCAAGCUCAAGAACCUGAGGGUCAAGAACGAGAUUGACGAGGACGCCAACCUGCUCAAGGCCGCGCUGCGGGAGGAGGCCAUGGACGACUCGGAGGACGAGGUCGUCGGCAACAAGGCAGACCGCGGGUCCGCCGACGAGGACGAGGAGAGCGUCGACGAGGACUUUAGGGCCGACAGCGAGAGCGACGUCGCCGAAGAGUACGAUUCGAACCCGGAGACGUCAGACUCGGAGGAUGCCGAGAGCGUCGUCGACAACGAAGAGGGCGGUGCCGAUGCUGACGACGACGACGACGAUGACGACGAGGCCGGGGGCGACGAUGACGAGGAGCGACCCAAAAAGAAGAAGAAGACGGCUUGA